GAUGGGUAUAAAGCUCCCCAGCUUUGGGCUGUUGAACAGUGGAACUGCAUUCUCUAAUAAUGGAGCUCCAUGCAGAACCUGACGUCACUAUGUAAUGCAGAACAACACCACCUGACAUCACUAAUGUUCUUGUGGCUGAAUACAAUCACGCAGUCAGCAGUGUUCCAACAUCUAGAGUAAAGCCUUUACAGAAAAGUCGAGGCUGUUACUGCAACAAAAAGGAGACAAGUUCGCUUUCAUUUUAGAGGAAAUGUUGGAUGCGUAUCAAUGUGUACAAACACAAGUUGGAGAUAGGGGGCGCUACUCCUUCAGUCUGUAAAAAGGCCAACUUCUACUCACAGACAUAAUCACUAGUGUAACAUUUCUGACUCAGAAAGGACCAGUGUGUCUCGGUCAGGAUGGAGGAAGACCCGGAGGCCAGCACAGAGGACAGAACGAAUAGGACGAGUAAAAGGUCGAGUUUGGACAAUGGAAGCCUGUCCCACUCUACACUGGCUUAUGACAAGAAAUUUGUGUGCUCUCUGCCAGGCAUGCUUAUGUUUGCAGAAACAGUGUGUGGGUUGCUGGUGUGGACUCUUCUGGCUGGGACAGAGUAUUUGCAUGUACCAGCACUGGGCUGGGUGAUGUUUGUAUCUGUGGUCUGCUGGGUGCUGACUGUCUGUCUCUUCCUACUCUAUCUGACCACAGCGCACACCAAGAUACCACAGAUUCCCUGGACAGUGCUUGGUUUGUGCUUCAACAGCAGUGCUGCUGUUCUUUACGUGACUGCUGCAGUGAUUAAUGCUGCUUCUGUGACUCAUGCCACUAGGGGGCGCUAUUACUACAUCAGCUGGAUUGCUUCCACGGUAUUUGCCUUCUUGGUUGUGCUUUGUUAUGCAGCAAAUGCAUUUGUGAGCUACAAAUCUUGGAGAUCAAAAAGUGAUGAUUCCUGAUCUAAAGGGUGCUUAAAAAAAUUUAACUAGAACGAUCAUUUAGAAGCAUCUUACUUGUAUCAUAUGAAACUUCCAUAUGUUUUAAUGUAAAGGUUUUUAGGAUGUAAUAUUUGUUUUUGUGAUCUUUUUAAGAACUGCACUCUGUUGUUCUCCUUAAAGAGUUUUACAAUGUUUUGUACAGUUUGGAACAGAUUAUUUUUUAAGUUAGUAUACGAUGCUACUCUGUCAUGCAUAUUUGAAUUGUUUUUGUAUUUCUAUUCAGUGUUUGGAAUAGUAUACUGUUCUUGUAAAUAUGGUAUAUUUGUGUAUGUUGGAAGUGAAGUGUAUAUAACACUAAACUGUGCAAUAUAAAACAAAACAUAAAUUGCAUGUA